GCAACAUCGCAUCAACAUCCCACGAUGUCCCCCUCAAGCCCUUCAUCCGCUAGCGUUUCCAGCAAGGAAGACCAUCUCGAUGAGCCGGAACGUUUGCCUACCGAACAAACCCCGGAGAAGCGCGUCUUUUACAGGACGACGUUCUUUGCGGCGACCGUUCUGGGGUUAUGUAACUUUGCUGCACCGGGAAUCUGGGGCGCCAUGAACUCUCUCGGAGCUGGAGGCGCGCAAUCCCCCUGGCUCGUCAACGGAGCCAACGCCCUGACUUUCGGGCUCAUGGUCGUCACUGCCACCUUGACCCCGGUACUCAUCAGAUUUCUCGGCGUCAAAUGGUCGCUCUUCUUCGGAGCGGCAGGUUAUGCGCCAUACGCCGCCGCGCUCUAUUGCAAUAUCUCAUUCGGCACGAAAUGGUUCGUCCUGUUCGGGGCUGCGCUGUGUGGUAUCUCCGCUGGAGUGUUCUGGGCUGUCGAAGCCGCGGUAGCAUUGUCUUAUCCCGAACCCAAGAAUCAGGGUCGUCACCUCGGCUGGUGGAUGACGUUCAGGGUCGCAGGACCCGUUUUGGGAGGAGCCAUCAACCUCGGCAUCAACUCUCAAAAUAGCCAGCGAGGCAGUGUCAACCCAAAGGUCUACCUCGCUUUCAUAGCGAUUCAAGCUAUCGGCCCGCUGGUUGCCCUUUUAUUGCCCGCUCCUAGCAAGGUCCAGCGAACGGAUGGUCUCAAGGUCAUUCUUCACGUCGAUACCCCUAUCGGACAGGAAGUCAAAGAGACUCUCAAGCUGUUUGCGAGCAAGCGGUUCCUGUUGAUCGUGCCCCUGAUCUGCCAAGCCGUCUUCAACGAGAGUUUCACCGGGACCUACCUGACGCUAUACUUCAGCGUGCGAGCGCGUGCUUUGGGAUCUUUCUUGGGCGCUAUCAUGUCCAUGAUCGCCGGUAACCUUCUCGGAGCAUUCCUCGAUCGCAAAAACAUCUCGCUGAAAACUCGCGCCCGAUUGGCUUUCGGAGGUAUCAUGACGUUGCAAGGAGCUUGGUGGAUAUGGUCUACCAUCAUCCAGUCCCAGUUCAAGAGGCAAGAAACCCUGCUCGACUGGUCGGACAGCGGGUUCGGCAGGGGGUUCGCGCUAUACCUGUUCAUCGUCGUGGGGUUCCAACUGAACUACAUGUACCUUUACUUCUUGGUUGGAAAUCUUGUACAAAAGCCUGUCGACAUCAUCAGAAUCGCAGGACUCCUUCGUGCCACGGAAUCCGCCGCUCAAGCAGUAGCAUACGGUACCAACGCCAUCGAGAGCCUCGGCACGGUUGGAUCGUCUGCCAUCAACUUUGGUUUGUGGGGGAUUUCGGUCAUCCCUGCGUGGUUCGUCAUUCGCAAGAUCGGUAUCGAGUACUUUGGGAGGGUGGCCCUCGAGGCAGAAGCGGCGGCGAUUCUCGAAGGAGAGACUACGGUUGACCCGCAGAGCGAAAAGUCGCCUCGCAUCUGAUAUGGCGAGAAGAAAUAGGCAAUGCCUCUGUUGAGAAGGAUGCUUUAGGUUGGUAGGCAGGUUUAAAAUUAGGGUUCCGAUGAAUGAUUAUUGUCAAAUAGAG